UCUUUCUUUUCCUCUUCUCUGCACUCGUUCUCUCUUUCCUAGUUCACUUUCCUAGUUCACUGAACCGCCGCUCCCGCUUCCUCACCGGACAACUUUCUACCUCGCCACAACUGUUGCCUCUCUCUCAGUCAUGCGCUUUCUCACUGUAUUCCGGCCACCUCCACCAAUCUGCAACUGUUCAGGCGUUUAAUUGUUCGGAUCUGAAGAGAUUUGGCCGGAAAUAACAACGUCGGCGCGCAGGGAAGACGGGUGGAUGAAAACGGAAGUAGAGCACGAAGGAAUGGUGGUGAGGAUUUCAGCGGGUCAGAUCUAAAGAAGAAGAAGGGACAGCAACAUCACCGGCGGGAGGGAGAAGAGCAGUUUGUCGGCGUUAUGAGUUCCAAGUCUGAACAGAUUUGAAGGGACAGAGACGAUGGUGGUGGUCAAUGAGGACGACGGAGGGCGCGGUGGUGAGGAUUGUGGCCGCGGAGGAUUGUGGAGGUGAGGAAACGUGAUAGUGGGUGGGUGGUGAGAUAAUAUGGACACAUAGUAGAGAGGAAGAAGAGAAGGUGUAUUGUUUUUACAAAACUGCCCUCGUUUUAACUAUGAAAUGUCCAAAUUGUCCAUGGUGUCUGUAUUGUGUCCAGAAUUUUGUGUCCAAUUAACCCCAGCCAAAACCCUCAGCUCAAUUUAACCCCCUCUCAUAAUCAUAAAAGUAAAACCCUUAUAAAUUGAGAAAAAUUAUUUCCAAAAUUUUCGAUAGAAAUUGCCUGCCGUCCAUAUCCCGUCUCUUCAUCGGCUCUCAAUUGGAGGUAAGGCAACAUGUCCGAGAAUCCUGUACAGGCCUUAUUUCAUCACUUUGAGCAAGUCACAAAUUUUGUUCAACAUCAUGUGUCUAAUUUUAUAAGCCAUAUUCAGUUAUCAGGACCCUCUGGUAAUGCCUCCAUUGAAGUGCCAUUUUUAAAAGCUACAUCUGUACAACCUCGUGAUCCCGUUCUCAAGGCAAAGUCCUCUACACCUGUGACCAAAGAAGACCUUGGAAGGUCUACAUGGACUUUUCUUCACACUCUUGCUGCUCAGUAUCCAGAUAAUCCUACAAGACAACAGAAGAAGGAUGUAAAAGAACUGGUACAGAUCUUGUCUCGAAUGUACCCUUGCAAGGAAUGUGCAGAUCACUUUAAGGAAGUUCUUAGAUCAAAUCCUGUACAGGCUGGGUCACAUGCUGAAUUUUCUCAGUGGCUAUGUCAUGUGCAUAAUGUUGUCAAUAGAAGCAUCGGCAAACCAAUAUUCCCAUGUGAACGAGUUGACGCAAGGUGGGGAAAACUGGACUGUGAGCAGAAUGCAUGUGAAAUUAUUGGAAGUACAUCAAUUUUUGGGAAGAUAUGGUAGAUUUUUAUUUUUUACAAAAUAAUAGUUAUUUUUUGUAGGGGAAAUAAUAGUAUUUAUACCAUACAAGCUAUUUAUUGAAUUCGAACUGUUGAAGAAAUCUUUAAGAUUGUUAUCCAGUGAUAUUUUUUAUUUUUUUCCGAUAAAUGUUAUCUAGUGACUUUGUACUAGAUUAUGUAAGUAAAUUCUGUGUAAUAAUUUAUUUACCUAAUUUAUUGAAA